UCUGUUUAUACUCAUAGGAAAUGUAGUUUUGUAUGUAGGAACUAUAAUUCAAGUGGUUGGACAACGAACUACAUUUCCCAGGUAUCUGAGCGCCGAAGCAAAGCCGCCUCAGCCAGGGCAAGCAAAGCCGUGUUAAGUUGUAUGAAAUAAACUCAGUAAUGGAAUUUCCAGAGGGCUUUAAUCAACUUGACCUGCUGGAGUCUCAUGGCCACCUAAUCCCAAAAGGGUCAAAGAGUGUAUGGGAAGAAAAUGAAGAUGAGGAGGAUGAGGAUGAAAGUCAAACUGAGGAGUGGUAUCAGCAACACGAGCUUAAAUUACAAGACACCCCCACUGAACUGAUGUUAUGGGCUGCUGAGAGGAAUAGAUUGGCCACAGUAGAACGUCUCCUUGCAUCCAACAGCACCCUUGCUAGUUGUUACGAUAGUGAUGGUUACACCCCUCUACACCGCGCUGCCUACGGUGGCCAUUUCACAGUGGUCUUGGCUCUUUUGGACGCUGGAGCAGAUCUUCAUAUGAGAACAGCAGAUGGUUGGACGCCACUUCAUAGCGCAUGUUACUGGGGUCACACCUCUGUGGCUUCCUGUCUUUUAAGGCAGGGAGCAGAGGUCAAUGCUAUGACAAAGGGCCAACUCACACCACUGCAGUUAGCUGCAGGAAAUGCUAAAGCGGGUCAAACUAUUGAACUAUUGCUGUCACAGCGCACCCUGCAGAUUGGUGUAAAAAACAGCGCAGGAGAGACAGCUUAUGACAUAGCAUACCGCACAAGUCCCCAUCACAGACUGUUUGAGAUGGCAGAGUCAUGUAAUAACAUCCACUGACACACAUUUGCACAGCAAUCAGCUUCUGAAAUUAAGCUUAGAAGCGUUAUAAAUAAAUGUUGGUGUGUUCAAGUUCAUUACUAGAUAAUAGAUCAGCAUGUAAAUUUAGUAACAUAUGUCAACAACCUGUAAUUAUUUUCCUCUUAAUGAUCCAUACUGCAUAUGCUGAAUUCCUGAUAUAAAUCAUACUUUUUAUAUCUAAAGUAGGGAUUAUGAAUACAGGAUUUUGAAAUUAUGAUUGUGAAUUUUAAAGUGCUUUGUUAAUUUAUAAAGUUUUGAAAUUACACCAUGUAUUUAAAGGUACAAUUUGUAA